GCUUUUUUCGUCAAGAUCUGGCGUUUUUCCUUUGCACCUCCUUGAAUUUUCCGUGCCCUGCGAUUCUUUUUUUUUUGCGAUGAUGCCAUGCCCUAUACUUUAUUACUUUCUUCUCUAGGUUUAGAUCUGAUUCCACGCCACUCGAUUCUGAGACUCCUUUCUUCGCUUUCAUGGGUUCUAUCGGUUCAAGGUCAUUAUUCUAACUUUGCAGUUGAAAGGGGUUCUUCCUGGGUUUCUGCUUGAUUUGAUGAACGAGGAUGAUGUAAUCGAGCGGAUCUUUUUUCUCGUCUUUUGAUUGAUUCUGUUUUGGUGAAUUUUGGCCUUGUUGGUCGUUUUAUGGUGGAUCUUCUCUUGGUUGACGCCACUUCUUUGUCUUUACCUUAGAAGUGAGAGUAAGGCUAGGAUUGUUUUACUCGGAAAGGAGAAGCUUUUUAGAGGAUAUAUACCUAUGGUUAAUUCAGUGCCUGAUUUUUUGUAGCCUACUUCAAUAAAUUUGUUGAGGAUUUUGCUAUUCAAUCGUAAUAACUAAAGUUUAAAAGAAGGGUUUUUGACUUGUGAGCUCUUUAGAAGACUACUUUGGAGUCAUGCCUGUUUCAGGACAUGAAGAGACCGGGGUAAAGUCCUAUGCUGGGCAAUUUAGUGGUUUAAUUGCAGGUGUGCCUAUCAAGAAAAGGAGGUUUCCUUCGUUUCAGCCUUCUUCCUCACCUGUGUCUGAGGAACCAUGUUCUCUCUCUGAAGAAACUGAGUUACAACGUAAAGAAAAUUCAAGCACUUCUCAAGGAUCAACUUUAUCAAAUGCCAGUAUUGCAGGUGCACCAAUCAAGAAAAGAAGGUUUCCGUUUAUUCAGCCUUUUUCGUCCUCUUUGGAAGAGGCUUCACGUUCAGAAGAAAGUGAUGCCUUACGGAAGGAACAUUCAAGCACCUCACCGGGUUCAACUCUUUCUACUAGUUCUUCUAGUUUAUCUGAUGCUAAUGGAAUCCCUGCGCUUGAAGAUAAGAAAGCAAGUACUGAUGUUGCCAAUGCGAACACGGGGCAAAGCAACUCUAUCUUCCUUAUACCGAAACUUGAGGAACCAAACCUUGGUACGCAAUCGUGUACUUUGGAUGUCAGGGAUAGCAAAGAGACUGUGCUACUCAGUGAAGACAUCAAUAAAAAGUUGGAAUCCCAAAUUAUCAAGGGCAAUCCUGAACUCUUAUUGGCUGCAAAGGAAGGUCUUGCUCUUAGCAUUGGAACUGAAGUGAGCAAGCAAAAUGUCAAAGAUAUUUGUAGAAAAGAGAGUCCUUUAGUUUCAGGAAGUACUAGUUUAUCUUUAAGCUUAGAGGAACACCUCUUUCCAGCUGUUGAAAGUGUGGAGAAUGACAAGAGUCGCCUAAAAAUAGAGAAAUCGGAAUCUGUCUCACUGGAAUUAUCUUUAAGCAAGGAAGACUGCAGUUCUCACAGUUUAAAUACUGAUGCUAAAACUGAUAGGAACAAGACUCCUGUUCAUUCUAACAGGGCAAACUGGGAUCUUAAUACGACAAUGGAUGCAUGGGAAGAAUCUGGGACUGAAGCUGGCUUGGUUAAAACAUGUGUUGAUGGGCUGAAAAUUACUGAAAAUUUAGUUGUUGAAAAGCAGUUAAUGUGUUCUACAGGGAUGACCCGACCAACAAGUGUUCUAUCUGUGAAGCCAGUGUGUGAAGAGAGUCAGAAAAAAGAUUUCACUUUUCCAUCAGCGAUGUGUGGACAGCAAUGUAAAUUUGGUGACUCCAGUAAUCUAUCUCUUACUCCUUUUCUUCAGAAAUAUACUGAAGAGCCCGCUAAAUUAUCUGUUAAAUUGAAUUCUGGUAGUUCUAUUCCCAAUGUAAGCUUACCUAGUGUGGCGUUGGCAGCAGGUGAUGCAAAUACUUCUAGUUUUAGGCUGGUAAAGCCAGAACCGUUUGAUGGGAACUUGAAAAAGGAAUUGAAGGAAGCUAAUACCUCUACGCCGGGUUCAUUGGACAGCGUGACUGUGAAACAAGAACUAUUUCCGCCUAUCGUUGAAAAAUGUUCUAAGUUGUCCAAUGUUAACAAUUUAAUGAAAGCUGAUGCUGUCUCAGUUAAACAGGAAGUAGACCAUACAGGUAAUCAGGAAAAUUCCAAUGCUGCUGUGAAUAAAAGGGAUCGGUUGGAUAAAGAAUUACAACAAGGAUUGGAUGACUCUUCUCCUUCAUUGGCGAUGUCUAUUGCGCCUGAUACAACACAAAUAUCUGCCGAGGCAGCUUGUCCUCAAGCGAAACCUGGGUGUACAGCAGAGUUAUCAGCCAGUGAAAACACAGUAAGCCAGAUUGAAAAUAUUAGUUCUACGGAUGGAGACAAUGUUGGGAAAGUUUGUCAUGGAACUUGUUUAAAUUCCGAGCAAGAUACCAUAGAAGCAGUUACUGUGCCUGUGGUUGAUAAUGGUUCAGAGUUGAAAAAUUCUGGUCUGAAAAUUUCUUCUGCUAGUACCGAGGAAAAAAAUGCUGCCAAUCGUGAUGCAUGCAGAUUGAAACUCAUGAAUGAGCCUCUGGCUGCUACCCGGGGCUCUGGUGAAGGCUGUGCAAGUGAUGAAGAAAAGAUAACCCUGUCAGGUGACAUGUUGGAGGAGGAUUCUUAUGGUUCCGAUUACGAGUCAGAUGAGAAUCAUGCUGUAACUAUUCCUGUGGAUACUGAGCGGUAUGUUGAAGAUGAUGAUUAUGAAGAUGGUGAGGUUCGGGAACCACUGGAUCCUUCCAUAGCAGAGGACAACAUAUGUGAGGUAAGAGAAGUAGAGCACCCUGACUGUAGUAACUUUGUAAAUAAGCAGAUGGAGAAAGGAAUGGUGAGUGGUGAUUGUGCCGCUCAAUAUCAGGUAGUGGAAAAUGACAACAAGACUGUAAUUCAAAGUGAAAUAAAUUGUGAAGAUGCUAUGGACAUUGAAAUGCACGAGAGGUCUGGUAAGGUCGUUGACAAAAAUGUGUGUCUGCAAGAAUCAUUGGAAGACGAGAAGUCCAGCAUUGCUGCUCAUGGCAACAAACCAGUUAAUGUUUUGCAAAAGAAAGCAUUAGAUCUUUUGGAAGGUAAAAACGUCUCUGAAGCUCUGGUGACAGAAUCACUUUCCAAUCAAGCUACUGAUGGAAGCAAUGGGGUUGAUGUCCAAUGUGCUGAUGAGGUUGUCAAAACAACUGACACUGUUAAACAAACUGAUCUAGAAUUGCCAAAUAUGGAAUUGUCUGCAAAUGCCAAUGAUGCAUCCAAAGAUGUUAAUAAUGGUGGUAAUCCAGGUAGAAUUAUAGAUCUGUCUCGAGCUACUAGUUCUUCAUCCCCUGGUAAAACUAGGUCCAUUUCAGGCAGAUCACAACUGUCAUCUCGACCUGCAAGAGAUGUACUGUCUGACGCACUUGAUGGGGAUAAAUUACAGAGAGGAAGAGAUGAUGUUUAUAUUGAUGGCCCUCACAAAUUUUCAAGAGAAAGACAUCAGGAUAUGUCCCCUAGAAACUCUAGGUUGAAUUUUGGGCGUGGUCGAGGAAGACUCAAUAGUCGUCUAGACUCAGUUCGUAGUGAAUGGGAAUCUGACCGUGAAUUUUCUGGCGAGUUUUAUAAUGGUCCAAAUCAGUUCCGUGGGCCGAGGCCUAAAUAUGCAUCUGCUUUUGCCAAUACUGAUCUGGAGUACAACAAUGUUGCACCCGAUGGCUCAUAUGUUGGGAAUGGUCGAUUAGGCAGAAAGCCGAUGAGUGAUGGCUCUUAUAUAGCACCAAGGAGGCGUUCACCAGGAGGUAGAGAUGGCAUCCAAAUUGGUCAUAGAAAUCCAAGAAACAUUAGUCCAAAUAGAUGUAUUGGUGAUGGUUCAGACUUGGUUGGGGUGAGGCACAAUGAUAAAUUUUUGAGAGGUUUGCCUGAGGAUAACUUGGAUGCAAUGUUCACACGUCCCCAGACAUUUGAGGGAAUGGAUGGUCGGUUUACAAGGGGGAGUAGGAAUUUUUCUUCCAUGCCGAGAAGAGGCCUUCCUCGAAUGCGUUCCAAAUCACCCAUAAGAUCUAGGAGUCGCUCACCCGGUCCAUGGUCAUCUCCGAGAAGGAGGUCUCCUAGAAGAAGAUCCCCUGAUAGUUUUGGUGGACAUCCGGAACUAAACCAUAGAAGAUCACCGUUUUACAGGGUUGACAGGAUGAGGUCCCCCGAUCGCCCUGUUUUCCCUGCAGAGAGAGUGGUGAGGAGACAUGGUUCACCCUCGUUUAUGUCAAGACCUUCUAAUGAUAUGAGGGACAUUGAUUCUGCCAGGGACCAUGGACAUCCAAGGUCUGGUCGAAUUCUAAUCAGGAACCGGAGGUUUGAUGUUGUAGAUCCUCGGGACCGCACGGAUAACGAUGAUGACUACUUUGGGGGCCCCAUGCAUUCUGGUAGGUUACUCGAGCUUAGUGGUGAAGGAAACGGUGAGGACAGAAGAAGGUUUGGAGAGAGACGAGGACCUGUGCGUACUUUCAGGCCUCCAUACAAUAACAACGUUGGUGAGAAUUUUCACCUUAAUGCAGAAGAGGGACCUAGGCACUAUAGAUUCUGUUCAGAUGAUUCAGAUUUUCAUGAAAGAGGAGGCAACAACAUACGGGAAAGGGACUUUGACAGGCGAAUGAAGGGGCGACCGGGAAAUGUGCCACCACCCAGAAGAACAAGAAAUAUGGACGAGCAGGAAGAGAACUUCAGACAUGGUGGUGGUGGUGGUGGUGGAGGAGGAGGAGGAGGACAGGUUUGGAGUGACGACAGUUUUGAUGAUAUUUCACGGGUGAAGAGGAAAAGAUUUUGAUUUCCCCCUCAUAGUCUUCUUAUGGAUAGUACAUAAGCCUCCUGCGGAAUGUUGGAGGAGUAUUAUGGAAUUUACAUUUGCUGGGUUUUCACCUACAGAAUUAGAGUUAGAUUAUAAUAAUACUAAUGCUCAUUUUCCUUACUACUACCUAUAGCUUUAGAUUCUAAAAAGCAUGCGUGCGCAUCAUCAAAUGUGGCAAAGAUUUGUAGGGGAAGAAGUAAAUUAUGAAAUGAAGGGUUGGUGAAGGAAUGAGAUGAAGUGUGGCUCCGAAUGGAGGAAGGGUAAUGUGCAUGCAACCCAACAGACAUUUUCGUUUUUAAUAAUUUACUUACUGGAAUGAUGUUAUUGGUUCUUUUCA